CGGUUCUAUCGCGGGUUUAUAAAGACAUCAUCGUCCACCCCAGUUCUGGAGAUUUUCCAAGACACAUCCUUCACCGCUUUGAGCAUUCCUUCGAAUACUAAAUAGAAUUACUACUAUUCGUAUCGAAAAUUCAAACAUGAAGUUCCUCACUAUCCUCUCCACCGCCCUCUUUGUCGCCUUUGUGGCAGCUACUCCUGCCAACGAGGAUAUGGCGAAGCGACAGGCUCUUACCGACGGCUGUCAAACUCAACAGGCUAGUGACUGCUGCUUAUCUUGCUGGGAUGAUUACGUCAACGAUCAUACCUUUGACACGGGCAGCUGUUGCAGGGGCUGUGGCUGUCAAUGGAAUUGAAUAUCCCGCCUAAUACACGGAUACAACCAUUAAGUCAAGGAUAUAAUAUGUGCAAAGAUUGGGCAAGCAUACAGCGACUGGACUGUCUUGAUUCUAUUGUAUCCUAAAAGUAAGAAAGUCGAACAAUGAAGGUUCAAGAUUGAGUGACGACUGAAGAGUGUUAAGUCUUGAUCCAAACUAGUUUGCCAGUAGGCCAAAGCGAUACGUCACUGGCAACCAAGGAGCAGGGUGACUCAAAUAUCUCAUCAUUCCAAUUGGCUCUGUCUCGGUUACUUUGGUGGCUUGAGGGUGUAUUAAGUACUACGUGAAAUAGAUGGAGCGAAGCCGAUCUGCCUCAACUUGCAGGCCAGACUGCUAUCAACAAAUCCAAAGUGAAUAUG